AUGUCUACACGAAGGAAGAGAACACGUGUGGAACGGGAUGCACCUUUUGGCCGUGGAUUACUUGGAGAAAGAAAUGAUACCGUUUUUCAGUGGCUUCUGGGGAAGACGCAGAAGGAGUUCUUUCGGCACUACUUUGAAAAGAAGCCGCUGCACUUUUCUCACGGGGCGGCAACGCACUUUACUGAGGUGCAAGAUGGACUACCGGCCGUGAAGUGGUCAACGGAACUCAUGCUUCAGCUUGCCGCAGAGAAGUCACUGUCGUACACCACUGACAUUAAUAUUGUUCGGUUUGAUGCGGUGCAAAAGAAACGCGUCCCUUUUCGUUCAGAGGGGAUUGUCACGGAGAAGGAGAUGAAGCACUCUAUGCGAAAAGGCUGGUCCGUGCGAUUCUUGCGUCCCCAUGAAUACAUCGUUGAGAAUUCUGCGGUUCUUGCAAUGUUGGAGGAGGCAUUUGCUUGCUCUUGCGGUCUGAACAGUUACUGGACACCGGCAAACAGUCAAGGGUUUGCGCCACAUUACGACGAUGUGGACGUUUUUCUUUUGCAGCUGGAGGGUGAAAAGGAGUGGCGCCUGUACGAUCCACCGGAGAGGGUGGAUGUUCUCAGUCGACAUUCCAGCGAGGACUAUAACCCAGAGGAGCUUCCCAAGCCUACACAGAUCUUUCGCCUUUUUCCCGGUGAUGUAUUGUACAUGCCUCGUGGGACAGUGCAUCAAGGGCGGAAAUAUAACCACGCGCACUCUCUGCAUGUAACAUUCUCAGCAAAUCAAAUGAAUACAUGGGCGGAUCUUAUGAAACACGCUGUCACACAUGUUGUGGAGAAGUUAGCGGCAAAUUACAUUCAUUGGAGACGCUCACUACCACGUUCUUUGCUGAAGAGAUUGGGCGCCAUUUACCACCCAACGUUUCGUAAGGAAAGCGGGCUAGCAUUACUGACAGAAAAGCGAAAAAAGCGUCGUCGUCUAUUGCAAUUAUCGUUCCGUCAAAUGGCGGCCGAAGUGUUUCAUCACUUAUCGAGCGAAAAAUUUAUAGACGAGUGCUGCGAUGUGUACGCCCGAAGUACCUUGGCAAAACAACAGCCUUUGCCGCGUUCUGUAGUCGAAGGCACACGCAGCAGAGUUACUCUUAGUCUUAGCUCGACCGUUCGUCUUGCCGCUUCUCAUUGUGCACGAUUGGUGCUUUCCGAAGAGGGGGAGGCCCAUGUAUACCACUGCUGUGGUAAUUCUCCUGUAUGUUUCGGCGCCCCAGAGGGUUUGCUGCGUUUUGAAGUGGACUUUGCUCCCGCCAUUGCCACCAUAUUGGCGGCGCCUGCGUGUGGCGUGCGUGUAUCUGACCUGCCAUUUCCAUCAUUUGAUAACUCUGACGACAUUCUUCUAAAUCAACUAACGCUCGCAGAGGCUUUGUGUGACGCGGGUAUUCUCGCUGUUCUGUAG